CGCAAUUAAAUCCUCUUGUCUUCUUCUUUACUUACGCUCGACGAAUUUUCUCGAGAAACAAACGGAAAAAUUUUUGAUCCAAGGAGAGAAAGUAAGAUCUAAAAAAAGAUGGAGAGCAGACAAGCGAGGAACUCGAAGAUCCAUGUCUUUGUGCUGGUUGGUCUGAUUCUAUUGAGCUCGAUCGAGCGAAUCUCGUCGCUCUCAGUGACCGUGAACGACGAUGAAUGCGUCCAAGAGUACGUCCUUUACGAAGGAGAUACCGUCUCCGGAAACUUCGUCGUCGUUGACCAUGAUAUCUUCUGGGGAUCAGAUCAUCCCGGUUUGGAUUUCACGGUGACAUCUCCUGCUGGGAACAUUGUACAAACAUUGAAGGGAACAUCUGGAGAUAAGUUCGAGUUUAAGGCACCAAGAAGUGGAAUGUACAAGUUCUGUUUCCACAACCCUUACUCUACUCCUGAAACUGUGUCCUUCUAUAUUCAUGUUGGUCAUAUUCCCAACGAGCACGACUUAGCCAAAGACGAACAUUUGGACCCAGUAAAUGUGAAGAUCGCUGAGCUGAGAGAGGCUUUGGAAUCUGUUGUUGCUGAGCAGAAGUAUUUGAAAGCACGUGAUACUCGUCACCGUCACACUAAUGAGAGCACGAGAAAGCGUGUGAUAUUCUACACAGUAGGAGAGUACAUUUUCCUUGCGGCAGCAAGUGGACUUCAGGUUCUCUACAUUCGCAAGCUCUUCAGCAAGUCGGUUGCAUACAACAGGGUUUGAACAUAACGGAACUUCACCUAGGUUUUGUUUUCCUUUAUGUUUGAAUCGGUGAACAAAUCAUAAGAAAAGUGUUAGUUAAUUAAGAGCUUAAUAGCAAAAGACCCCUUUUUUGUUUUUUGGUUUCUACAAAUUUUUUUUUCUUCUAGCCUUCUGUUUACUUAUGUUUAACAUGAAGAACUUGAUAAGCUUAUUCUGAUUCAUGGAUCUUGCCUCUUCUCUAUGAUAGUAUCAUUUGUUCAC